AAAAAAAAAAUCUUUAGUGGUGUCGGCCCCAGGCUGAGAAGGGGGGCGAGCGAGGGGGGGGAAAGAGAGAGAAAGAGAGACAGAGAUUUUUUUUUUUUUUACCCCUUGACACAUAACAUGUCCUUUUCUAGAGAAGGUUGGAAGUCACAAAAAGCACUGGCCCAAGUGUGUCGACAAUGUCUUUUCAAAGGUAUGGCAGCGUCAACUCCUGUGGUACUUAUGAGACGUGCCAGUACAGGUAAUGUUCGAAUGGAGGAGACCCCUGGUUUAUUAGAAAAGUUUCGUCAACAACUAUACCAGCCUACAAAGAACAACAACAACAUACCAGCUCAUUAUUCUGCUAGAGUAAAAAAAGCCAUGACCAGAAGACAAGUCAGACACGCACUAAGCUCCAUGUAUCAAACAGCUAAAAAGCAAAACCCUCUCUUUUUAUCUCAACUCUCUCGACAGGAAUUCGACCUCUUCCUAGCUCAAUUCAUUUCAAACCCUGACGACCCUACCACUAACCCUCCCAUGUUGGAGGCUCUCGAGAUCUUGUCCGAUUACAAACACAAUGGCAACACAACUCUGAAAAGAGACGAUUAUGAACUCAUGAUUUAUUUAGCGACAGAAUUAAAAUUAACAAAUAGAGCCAUCGACUUACUGGAGGAAGCCACUUCUUUACACCACCAUUCACUUCACUCAUCUUCCUAUGAAGCCGUCAUUCAUUUAUUAUCCACACAAAAUAAAAAACAGUCCAUGCACCAUUGGUUACUUGCCUACGCAGCUCCUCCCACUUUCGCCAUGGUGAGGUCCGUCGUCCUGUCAAAAUUGAACGAUUUGGAAGAAGCUGCAGACUAUUUACGUCAACACCAUCCUACACACCCAUUAGCCGAUCUCGUGGUGAAACACACAACAGAUUCACGUCAACUAUUAGACCAUGCUCUCGAUUUAUUUGCAAUCGACUCUAUCCAUCAUUGGCGAUUAAACGACACCUUGUCCAUCUAUCGUAAAAAACGUCAGGCAGGAUUAUCCACUUCCAUGAUCGUCAAACACCUCGUUACCAAAUCGUUAUAUACAGGUCAAUACCAUACAGCCGAGAAACUUUUAACAGAGACCCUCGAAAGGAAAGAUGCUUCCAACGUCUUACACGUCGCAAAUAAAAUCAUGCAUUGGCAUAUCUUGCAAUCCAAUAUCAAGGCCGCUGUUCACAUCUGGCAACAAUUAGAAUCACAUCAUUACACCCUCGAUAAACCCAUCAUGGAAGAAUUGAUUUUAGCUGCGGCACGACUGAAAUAUCAUGUCGAUACCAACAAAGUAUA